AUGGCUCUGGAGAACGUGUGCAGCUGGCAGGCGCCCGAAGGCCUACAGCCUCGCCUGCCUGGGGCCGGGGACUGGGCCCUCCCCAGGGGCUGUGAGCCCCGUGCUUUUCUGCAGACACGGGGCCCAGAACUGGCCCACGGCACCACCACCCUAGCCUUCCGAUUCCGCCACGGGGUCAUUGCCGCGGCUGAUACCCGCUCUUCCUGUGGCUCCUAUGUGGCCUGCCCCGCUUCCCAGAAAGUCAUCCCUGUGCACCAGCACCUCGUGGGCACCACCUCGGGCACCUCUGCCGACUGUGCCACCUGGUACCGAGUACUGCAGCGGGAACUGCGCCUGCGGGCUCUGAGGGAGGGCCGGCUGCCCUCGGUGGCAGGGGCUGCCAAGCUGCUCGCCGCCAUGCUCUUCCGGUACCGGGGCCUGGGGCUGUGUGUGGCCACAGCUCUGUGUGGCUGGGACCAGGCCGGCCCUGCCCUCUUUUACGUCUACAGUGACGGGACCCUCCUGGCUGGCGACGUCUUCUCCGUGGGGUCCGGCUCGCCCUAUGCCUAUGGGGUGAUGGACCGGGGCUACCGCUACGACAUGACCAUCCAGGAGGCCUAUUCUCUGGCUCGCCGAGCUGUGGCCCACGCCACCCGCAGGGAUGCCUACUCAGGGGGCUCUGUGGACCUGUACCACGUGAAGGAGAGCGGCUGGGAGCGAGUGUCCCGAGAGGACGCCUGUGUGCUGUAUGCCAGCCUGCAGGAGACCGGGGACCAGGGGGAAGAGACCUCCCCUCCGACCCCUGAGCCGUCUCUUCUGUGCCCCACUUGUGCUUGGAGCUCACUGAACCACCCCGCCAAAGGGCCAGGGGGAUUCCGGCACCAGAAGAGGGGGCUCUUGGAGGCAAAGAAGACUGAGAAACGCUGGGAGGAGCUAGCAGUAUGUGGACAGCAUGCUGACAAGGGGGCCAAGUGA